UGUUGUAUAUUAUCGAGCUAUGUUGUCGUGGAUCAAAGAAUCGAGGCAACAGUUUCAAUUAUUUUAUUGUACCUAAGACACCUGCCUCGCGCGUCUUUUUCACGACGUCAAAACACCACAAAGGCAAGGUAAAACCAUGACGUAGCUAAUAAAACGAAACCAUUCAUUGGAAAGAGGAGAUAUGAUAACACAUAAGGGAUUAAAAAUGGAGAAAAUCCAGGCUAUUUUGAUGCUACUUGUUGGAUUAUUUAUAUUCAAUGAAAUUCAAGCUCAAAGUAAUUAUGCAUCACAAGGAAAUAGCAUUGAAUAUCAGCCUGGUUUACCACCAACCACAAUUUUAGAUGGCAAGGUCACUAAACUUGAUGAACUAUCACCAAUAAUAUUUCUCAAUCGUACUAAAGCAUAUUUAAAUUGUGGACAAGGUAGUAUGCAAGUUGAGUUAAAAUUUGAUGAGCCAUUUUAUGGUGUCGCCUACGCUGAUUUUGAUCGUAACAGUGCAUGUAUGGUAAAAGGACGUGGGUUUGCUCAGGCUGAAUUAGAGCUACCUUUAAAAGGAUGUGGAACAAAACAAGAUCCUCAACGAGUAUUUACCAAUAAUAUUGUUGUAAGAUUUCAUCCUGGUUUAGAGAUGGAUGGUGAUGAAGUUAUAACAAUAAUUUGUCGUUAUCCACCUCCAAUAACACCAAAACCAGCUAUUGCCGAAGGAGUAUUACCACCAAUACCAGCUGGUAUAGCUGAACCAACACCAUUAAAACCAUUUCAAAUAUUAUUGACAAUAUGUGCAUUAUUAUUUUUAUCACUACUUUUACUUGGUCUUGGAUGUUCAUAUUUAUGUUUAAAACGUCGUAAUGUACGUGUUAUACAUCGUCAUCCAUUUGAAAGUGCAAGUGGAUCAGAAAUAACAAAAUUAUCAGGUUCAUCACUUGGUAAUAUAUCAAUGUUUGAAGGUUUAAAAAUACCACGUGCACAUGCAUUACUUCAUGCUGCUCCUUCAUCAUCUGGUAGUGAAGCAAAUCUUGUUAUUGAUCAUCAUUCAGAUACAUUACCAAGUGAUUAUCCAAGUGAAAGUCAUUCAGAAGUUGGUAUGGAAGCAAGUAAUGCAUAUGCAUUUGAAGAAAUAAUACAUUCUGGACGUUCAACAACAUCAUUAACACCUGGUUUUUCACAAAUUGAUGAUACAAGAUCAUUUGUUGAUGGUAAUUCAUAUGAUAAUAAAGCAUUUAUACAUAAUCAAGAAAUACAUGCAACAAGUUCAAUGUAUUCAGAAACAAUUGAUGUUGAAACAUCAGCAGCAACAAGUGCAACAGCAUCUGGUAUAUUUAUACCAAGACAUCCAGUUGCAAUACCAAUUGAGCCUAAAUUUGAUGUACAAAUGAGAGUUAAACGUUUACCACCAUCACCACCAAGUCCAUUACCAUCUGAAUCUGAUGCUAGUAUUGCACUUGAAAGAAAUUUAACAACAAUACUUGAACGUGAAGAAACAAGAUCAAUUGAACAUACAACACCAAGAAUGACUAGUUUUUCAUAUGUACCAGAAAUACAUGGACCACCAAGUAAUACAUCAAUAUCACGUCAACAAACACCACCAGUAUACUCAAGAAUAUUAAGAAGACAAGCUGAACGUGAAAAUCUUGAAGCAAUAACAUCAUUAACAUCAUCACAACAAGAUGAUAAAACAUCAAUAAUAAAUAUUAAACGUCCAAGAAUACAAAAAACACAUGAUGAUAAUUUAAUUGAAACACAUACAAUGACAGAAAUAACUGAUUCAUCACAUGCAAAAUAUAGAGUUGCAAGUAUGUUAUCACCAACACCAUCACCAUCAUUACCACCAACACCAAUAUCACCAACACAUAUAUCAAUACAAAAUCGUGGACAAUUACCAGAACAAGUUGAACCACUUGUUGAGCCAAUUGUAUCAUCAAGAAGACCAGAAAUAACAACACAUGAAGUUGAUGAUGUAUUUUUACGUACAGUUACAGAAAAAAAAACAAUUGAAGAUAUUGAAAGACACAGAAGACAAAUAACUGAAUAUCAUGCAAAACCACAACCAGAUACAAAAUGGGAUGUUACUAUUAGAAAUUAUCCAACUGAAGAAUUACCACCACCACCACCACAAUGGGAAAAUUUUUCAGAUAUAAGUUCAGCAUCAAAUUUAACAAUAACAAAUGAUAUUACAAAAUAUAUUGAUGAUGCAGAUUCAACAAUUCAACCAACAUAUAGUCGUGCAGAAAUGCCAUCAAGAUCACCACAUGAUUAUGAUAAUGAAAGUGUUGGUGAUAAUUGGGAAACAUUAUCACGUGUAUUUGAGCCACAAUAUGCUAGUGAAUUAACUGAUAAUGAAAGAGAAAAAUGGAGAAAAGUUAUAACAACUGAAAGUACACUUAGAACAUUACUUACUGAAGCUGUUGUUAAAGAAGAUUAUGAAUUAAUAAGAAAAGAUGAAAGAUAUCAAACAUUAUUUACUCCAACAAAAUGGGAUGUUAUUAUUCGUAUAUUAAGUCCACCAGCAAGUUCAAUUGGUGGUUCAAGUAAAAGUGGUGGUCAAAGAUAUAAACGUGGUAAAGGUUCAGAAUGGGAUAAUAGAUCAAGACGUUCAUCAUUACCAACUUUAUAUGAGUAUGAUAGUGAUGGUGGUACAUCAAUUAGAACUCAUGAUGUACCAGUAUUAUCAUCUGAUGAUAAAGGAAGAAGAUUAAAUUCUGUACGUAGUGGUGGAAGUGAAGUUGAUUUACGAUCAAUGUCAGAAACAAUACGUGAUUUUAAAAUGCAAAGAGAUGAUGUAUCAAUGAGUUCAUUUGAAGCUGAUUCAAUUGUUAGAUCAUCAAGUCAACCAAGUAUUGCUGGUAGAACAACAGCAUCAAAUGAUAAUUGGCAAUUACCAGCUAGAAAUUUAAGACAAUGGGCACCAGAAACAGAAGAACCAGCAAGUUCAAUUGAAACAACACCAAGAACAUUUAGAAGAGGUGAUAGACAUGAAGUUAUAGCUAAUUAUGAUUCAGGCUCAAGACAAAUACCUGGAGGUAUAUCAACUUUUGCUAGAUCAACAAGAUAUUCUGAACGUGAAACUACUAGAAUUGCUGAAGCAUCAAGAUCCACUAAUUGGUUCAAUGAUGAUUCAGAGCCUGAAAUGCAAAUUUAAAACAACUCAACUUGUGUUUCUUUUGAAGAAAAAAAUACGUAUAUAUAUUUGUGAUGAAUGAAAAAAAGAAAUUAUUUAUACAAAUUUAAUAAAAACUAUUUAAUCUUUUUACAAUUUAAAAACACAAAAAAAAAAGAUAUUAAAAUAACAACAAUACUAUUAUAUUUAACAUUAUAUAUUUUGUAGAUUUAAAAAAAAUAAUAUUCGAUUGUUGUUAUUGUAAGAAUUGAAGUUAUUGAUUACAUCAACAUAGAUACACUUGUUAACUAUAAUCACAUACUAUUUUCAUUUGGUAAUAUAAUAUUAUUUUUUUUUCUUUGCAUAAUAGACAAGACUUGAAUUCAAUGACAAAUCUGUAAUGUUUUUUUUUUUUUUAUUAAAAAAAUAAGUGGAAAAAAAAAAAACAAAAUGAAUAAGUAAAUUGGUGUUUUUAUUUUUAUUUUGAACAAGACAAUAAUUGACUGGAUGAGUUUGUAAAAGAAAAAGAAAAUAAAGACAUGAAAUAUAAGUCAAUAAAAUUAUGAUUAAAAAAAAAAAG